AUGGAAGUGAAAUUCAUUACUGGCAAGAUCAGUGACAGGACACUCCAGAGGAUGGAGCUACAAAGAAUCAGAGUCCUGUGGCCAACUCCAUGGCCUAGUUUGAUCUUAAAGUCAUUGUCUUGGAUAAUCCUUUCAAAUCUGUUCCUGCACUUAAGAGCCACUCAACAUGACUGAGCUUUCCCUUGCAGGUUCUUUUACACUGAUCUGUCAGAGGAGACUUUCCAAGCACAGGUAUCAUGUCAAAUCAUCCAACAGAUCCUUUCAAAGAAACUGAAGCAGAAGCAACUAUAUGGAGAAGUCAUAAACAAGGAAAUAACUCAACCCAAGGAUUUUCUGUGCUUGUCCUCCAACAUGUGUUUUGUGACUCCUGAUUCCACAUUUCUGGUGCAUCGGCCAGGAAGCCAUCUGAGAGACCGCCCCAUUGAGCCUCCACCUGCCACUCGCUGGGAUGAGAGCUUCUGGGAUGGGAAGGUGCCUCCCACUCCAGAUCGGCUCUUGUUUUAG